AACACAUGACAAUAUAGGUCUCGCCUUGACAUUUCAAACUACUGAUGGGAAAGGAAGUUCCCUUAGAAACAUGCAAACAAACGGGCGAAGGGUAUAAAAAACGGACACACCUUUUUUAUUCUCAAAUACAAAGCGGAGAACGAACUUGAAGCCAAAGUACUGAAUAAGGAUUUUCAUCUACAACUAUCCAACAGAGACAAAAACUACUUAACUACGGACGAAAGCUACCCAACGGAAAGUCUCGUAUAUACUGUACUCUUAUUCGAUUGCUUGAGGAUUUUUACGCUGCGUGGCAGAGAUGGGAGUGUAUAGCUACACGUGCUGCAACUUUGAAUACAUCUGUAGUGUCAUCGGAGCCUUGCACCUUCUAGAACUGUUCUUCGGGUUUGUUGUGUGGGUGCUGCUGGUUGUGUACGCGUACUUUGACCUGUCGCUGGUGUCCGUGCUGGGGGAUGCCCAACACUGGGUGGUGCUGGUGGCCGUGACGUGCUGGCUCGUCACCUUCAUCUUCAUCAUCACCCACGCUACCGGUCUGUGCAAGAAGUGCGGAUAUAACUGGAAUCUGGUGGAUUUCAUCUACUCCCUGAUCGCCUUCAUCCUGUACUUUGUGGCGGCCAUUGUGCAGACGUGGUCUGUAGCCGACCAGUACGCACCCAUCUCCGGGUACGCUGACUUCUGGAGCGACUGGUACAUCACCUACUCCAUCGCCUGCGCCUUCUCCUGGUUGGUGGCGCUGCUGUACAUCAUCAACGCGUUUGUGAGCUACAUCUACUUCCGCAGCCGCACGGUGGUGUGCUCCAUCCACAACCAGGCCCCGCGGAGGAACGACACGCCCAUCAAGGCACUCAGUCACAAGAGAAACAACGAGCCUGAACAAGCACGCAAGGACAACUACUACAACCCCAACCCCCAGGAACCUAACAACUCCGGCUACUACUACGGUAAACCCAACGAGACCCCCCGCAACUACGACACCCCGCGCACCCAGGACCAGCAGCGCCCCCCCAGCCAGGACCCGCGCCCCCCCAGCCAGGGGUACUACAACAACCAGCCCAGCUACGACCCCCCCAAACCGCUGGAGAAACUCAAGAGGGAGAACUCCCGUGACAGCCUGGAAACUGUCAUGUUCUCAGACCCUUAGAUUAAUGUUUGCUGCACUCCAAAACUUGCUAUGUUCCAAAAGAUACUAUAUGGUGUACAUGUAAAGUAGAAUGGCAUGUUCAGGAUCCAAAUACGGUGCAUUCCAAAUGUUCUCAACUCCAAAAUGUGCUCCAUCUCAAACAUGCUCCAUCCAAAAUGUACUACAUCCCAAAAUGUGCUCUAUACCAAAAUACGACUCCAUCCCAAAGCAUUUUGCAAUCCCCAAACAUACCUGAAACACAUUUUGGAAGAUCCAAAAAUGUAACUGGUGUUCAUUUUGAAUUAACCAAAAGGUACCCAACAACUUCGAAUAAUAAGAACAUUGUGGAACGUCCCAAAUGUAACACCAAAAUAAACCUGAUACACAUUUUGUAGAAUCCCCAAAGUUAACGUAACUGAUUGAGCAGCACAUUUUUGUGCAUGGCACCAUACGGAAUGCAUGUUCUGGACUACAACAUUAGUCACCACAGCCAAAUCAUUUCACAUGAUGUAAUAGCAUUGUAAAACACCCACAGUAUGUGAUGGUUUGCAAGUAGGCAGCUAUGUUUUUAGUCAUCUCUACAUCCCUUAUUAUAGCCAAAAUAUAUAUUCAAAUGUGACUAGUCUCAAGCUAUGUGUUACGUAGAUGUAGGUUAGACAUCCAGGUAAUAAGAUAUGCCAAAA